GUAGCUGAAGGUCCAACAUCCCUUCGGCAUAACACUUGCUCUCUACACACGAGAGCAGUCAUUCUCUCUCUCUCUCUCUCUCUCUCUCUCUAGCUCUCAACCAGCGAAGGAAGAACAAGAAGCAAGAAGAGCAGGUACGGUGGACAUGAUUCACCGGCUCUUCGGCGAAGCUAGGAGAAGGGCGGCAUCGCCGGUGAUGGCCGGCGGCGAGCGGUGGCUGUCGGCAGCGGCCAGCAAAGGAAGGCUUGAGGGGAAGAUCGCAGUAGUCACGGGGGGCGCCAGUGGGCUCGGAAAGGCUGCGGCCCACGAGUUCAUUCAGGAGGGCGCGCAGGCCGUACUCAUCGCGGACAUCAACUCAAAGCUGGGCCCCGAGACGGCGCGCGAGCUGGGCCCCAAGGCCCACUUCGUGCACUGCGACGUCGCCGUCGAGGACAGCGUCGCCGCGGCCGUGGACGCUGCCGUGGCGCGGCACGGUCGGCUGGACGUCAUGCUCAAUAGCGCCGGCGUCGUGGGCCCGCUUUCGCCGGGCACGUCGCGGCUGGCCAGCCUGGACUUCGGGCAGUUCGACGCCGUCAUGUCGGUGAACGUGCGCGGGACGCUGGCCGGGAUCAAGCACGCCACGCGCGUCAUGGCGCCGCCGGCCGGUGCCGGCGUCGGGUCGAUCCUGUGCAUGGCGAGCAUCAGCGGCAUCCUCGGCGGGCUCGGGACGUACCCGUACUCGGUGUCCAAGUUCGCCAUCGCCGGGAUCGUCAAGGCUGCCGCCGCCGAGCUGUCGCGCGUCGGCGUCCGCAUCAACUGCAUCUCGCCGUACGCGGUGCCGACGCCGAUGGUGGUGGACCAGUUCUCCACCAUGCUCGGCGGCGCCGCCUACGAGGAGCAGGUGGCGGCCAUCAUCAGGGCGCUCGGCGAGCUGAAGGGCGCGACGUGCGAGGCGGUGGACAUCGCCAGGGCCGCCGUGUACCUCGCCUCCGACGACGCCAAGUACGUAUCCGGGCACAACCUGGUGGUCGACGGCGGGUUCACGAGCUACAAGAACAUGAACCUGCCCUUCCCUACGAAGCCACAGGAGUGACUGUACAAAACUGCACCUAACCAUCAGGAAGAAGAAGAAAGAUAAUGUGAUGAGUUGUUGUGAUCGUUGUUUAGAAGGGUUGUGAGUGACUUUUGAAUCCAUGGGAAGUUACUGGAUUCUGUAGAGAAGGAUGUGGAUUUGCAUUUCCUGCUUUCUUAGUGUGGAGGAGUUGUGAGUUGUAUGUGAAACCGCAAAGGUACUAGAUGUUUUGAUUUCAGUCAAAAAGACCAUGGAACUUUUAGUUCAA